AUUCCCCAUUUCCUACUCUCUCUCUCUCUCUCUCUCUCUCUCAUAAUAAUUCACACACACAGUCCUGUGAUUCCAGUAUACGAUCAUGUCAGGCAAGAAAACAAGGCCGCUGAUCGGGAAGUUGUUAACCGCCGGCAACCGCUCCGGCUUUAUGGAAGCCGGUAGCAGCCCAAGAACUCCCUUUGACUUCAAAAUUCUGUCACCCAGAGGAAUCGUGACUUGUGAUGUGGGUGGGAUCGGACUUGGUAUAGUCGCCGCCCUCGAGAAAUCCGGUGACGAUAUCCAGUCGACUUCCCGGUGCAUCUCGAUUCCGGUAACUCAACCCCCAAAGUUCGAUGUCGAUGACGAAAGCUUGGAAGAAGAGUACACCAUAGUAACUCGUCACAUGCCAAACAAUUCAUAUACAAAAGUCUACGAUGGUGGAUUCGUAUACGAAGGAUACGUUAGAAGAAACAGCGGGAUGAAAGAAGAAGGUUGCUCCCUCUUCGAAAUAUCUCCGGCGAGAGUACUUGAUGUAAAAGGACACCCAGAGCCUGACUUUCUGAGUUUUUGUCAUCUGUGCAAGAAAAAACUCCAUGGGAAAGACAUUUAUAUGUACAGGGGAGAGAAAGCGUUUUGUAGUAUCGAGUGUAGAUGCAGGGAGAUUGGUAUGGAAGAAAUGAGAGAGAAACGCUGUGGAACUGAAGCGGUUUCAAGCUCUCCUUGCGGCGGUGAUCAUGUUCAUGGCCGGAUAUUUUCCACCGGAAUCUUCGCCAUUUAACCAAACUCUUUUCUUCUUCCACAAUUUUGUUAGAUUGUAAUCGGUAAUUAACCACCGGAUCCGGAAAGCUCUCAAUUUGAGCAUUUCAUUUGCAAAAAAUACAAACUUUACAAAAUUCCAUCAUACACAAGAACAAAGAGCUACAUAUAAUAUCAUACACCCAUCAUGAAAGAACUUAAGAAUUUUAACAUAAGGCAACAAACUUCAAAGCAUCCUAAGGUUUGUUUGUUACUCGUAGUACAAACUACAAAGGCGGUUGUGCACCGGCAACACCAGAGUAACCACCGUCAUACACCGCCUGUUGACUCCGAAAUGAAACAAAACCAAAUCGGCUGGAUCGCUCCAUCUUCUGAUUGGACAUAACUCUUGCAUCAUUUUAGAUAAAAUCAACACUAAUAUCAUACAACUAAGUGACUUGAUCGAUCACUCAUAAUCUCAC